AUGGUCUGGAGGAACAUCAACGCAGUCAUCGAUGGCAAGCUCUUCCUGGGCACCAUCGAUGCCGCCAUCUCCCCAAGGGCGCUCGCGGACAGGCGUAUCACCCACAUCGUCUCUGUAGGCUCUGAGCCUAUCCCGGCCGACAACCCUGCGUCGGGCAUCCGCCACCUCCGCAUCCGCGUCGAGGACGUGGACUACGCCGACCUCCUCAUCCACCUCCCGACCGCCUGCCGCUUCAUCCAUGAGGCCAUUGGCUCGGGCGGAGUGGUGCUUGUCCAUUGCGUUCAAGGGUUGUCGCGCAGCGCCACCGUUGUUUCUGCAUAUCUGAUGUUCUCUCAACACAUGGAGGCGAGCGCGGCCAUGGAGGCCGUCCGUCGUGCUCGGGAGCAGGUGUGGAUCAUUCCCGGGUUCCAGUGGCGGCAGAAGAUCGACCGAUACCUGCAGCAGCAGGGUCAGAGCUCUCGCCGCUAG